AUGAUCUUCUUCUUUUCUUCUCAACCUCUUCGUCCAUCUUUACUCCUACUUGUUGUCCCUUUCUUUGCUUUCUUCGUUUUUUUCUCUUCUCUUAUUUUAUGUUCUUUCUCUUCUUAUCAAUAUUGUUUCUUUCUCUUCUCUUAUCCGUGUUUUUUUUCUCUUUCAUAUUCUCUAUCUUCUUUGUCUUUUUUUGUUCUUGUUUCCAUCCUCCUCAUCCUUCCUCCUUUCAAUCUUCGUGAUCGUAUUCUUCUUUUCUCCUCAACAUCUUCGUCCAUCUUUUCUCCUCUUUAUUGUCCUUUUUCUUCGUCUUCUUCUCUUCUCUUCUUCAUGCUGUUAUUCUCCUCCUCCUCCUCCUCCUCCUCCUUGCAAUUCCUCAUCGCUGUCUUUGUCUUGUUCUUGGUCUUCUUGUUUUACUCUUCUUCCUCUCCAUGCUUUUAUACUUCUCUCAUCCUUCUUCUCUCCACUAUCCGUUUCUACCCCUUUUUCUUCUUGUUGUUCAUCCAGUCAUGCUGGUGUUUGUGUGUUUACGUCCACAGACCUCAUCCGCCGGGUUACCUACCUUCAGACCUAGUUCCGUGCUCGACUGGACAAAUGAAGUCCGGGAGCACGGUUUUCCCACCCUUUUCUCCAUGCUUCACUCUCCGGAAUCAUUUAUCUUUCAACUUCCCGGCCCGAUGCGCCUCCCAACCUCCUCCAGUCGUCCGGCUGCUCUUUGUCUUCUUGUUCGUCUCGACCGAUUUGCAAGUUGCAUCCACUCUCGGCCUGUCUUGUCACCGCGUCGGGAUUGUCUCCGUUCCCCCCCCUCCCCCACGUCAGCCUGCUCCUCAAAUGGCCGAAGCCCGGGGCACGGAUUGA